AGAAGUGCUGCAGUUGGCUAACAAGUCCUAGAGCCUAGGGGACGACGACAUGUUCGUGAAUCCUCCUGCUAUGGUGACCUACCUGGAUCAGACGCCCAACGCCUCCCGUGUCAUCCACGGCAACAUCCAGCGCCAUUCGGCCGUAAUGAGAACCACGAAAUAUCGCGUCUCCUCCGCCCUGUUCCCCCAGGCCAAAUACCCCGACUUCCCCUCCGGGGGCGGCUUCAUUAUGCCCAGGGCCAGUGUCCCGGCCCUGGCCGCGGCCUCCGAGCGCAUCCCCAUCUUCCCGCUGGACGACGUCUACUUCGGCUUCCUGGUGCUGGCCGCCGGGCUGCGCUACCGGCACGACGCCCGAUUCCGGGUGUACGGCAUGAAGGACGAGCUGUGUCUGUACGGGGAGGCGUUCGUGGUGCACAGGGUGUCACUGGGCAGGGUGCAGGAGGUGUGGAGGGGGUUGUACAAGGAGCGACGGUGCAACAGAAUGGGGCCUCUCCCCUCUUAGGGGGCAGGGAAUGGG